AUGGGAUACGGUGGUGUGGCGGUAAGCGCGAUUGCGCUGGUAACGUUCGUCGUUGCGGCACCUUCGGUAGGGGACAAUGCGCUGGAUGUUGGCGAACGGGUAGUUUUAGUUGCGCCGGUGCUCGCGCCCCCAAAGGAAUCGAGAACUCACUCGACGGACCGGUCGAGGCAGUUCCCAAUACUGGUACUCUUGGCACAGCCGAACCUGUCUGGGUAUGGUCGCCCUGAGCCCGAAGAAAGGUCCUUAAAAGGCAACCCGGAGCCCAUUUAUGUCAAGCGUCUUCAAGAUCAAGAAGAACUAGCAGAACAUAGAAGAGAAAAGCGCCAUUUGCUGACAAAGAAAUUGUUAGGUAUUGGCGGAGGUGGCCUUGCCUUCGGUGGCGGUUUUAGCCUCGGCGGGGGAGGGGGAGGUUAUGAGAAUUACGGAGGCGGUGGUAGAGACUUUGGCGGCGGUCACGGUGGGGGUUACGGCGGUGGUUACGGCGGAGGCUACGGAGGAGGUUACGGUGGCGGCUUCGGUGGAGGCGGAGGAAAUGGUGGUGGAUUGGGCGGAGGCCACGGUGGUUACAAUGAAGCCUAUGAAGAACCCUCAAAAACUAUAAUCGUUAAAGUGGUUAAACAGCAUGGUCAUGGCGGACACCACCACGGAGGUGGUUAUAAUGGAGGUGGAGGCUACAACGGAGGCGGAGGAUACAACGGAGGUGGAGGAUAUAAUGGAGGAGGAGGAUACGGCGGAGGCGGUGGAUAUGGCGGCGGCGGUGGAUAUGGCGGCGGCGGUGGAUAUGGCGGCGGUGGUGGUUACGGCGGCGGUGGUGGUUACGGCGGCGGCGGCAGCAGCGGCGGCGGAGGUGGUUACGGUGGAGGUGGAGGCGGAGGUGGAGGCGGAGGCUAUGGAGGAGGUGGUCAUGGGGGUGGCCCAAGUUACGGCGGCGGCGGAUGUGGUGGGGGUUGCGGUGGCAACUACGGUGGAAGCAGUGCUACUGCUACUGCAACUGCCACUGCAACGGCUCACGCGUCAUCAUAUGGUAAUAAGUAA